GCGGGCGCGGGGGGCGGGGCGGGUCCCGUGAGGCGGGGGCGCGCGGGGCAGCGAGAGCGGCGCGGAGCCCAUCCCGGGGGCCGCCAUGCCCGGCAUCGACAAACUGCCCAUCGAGGAGACACUGGAGGACAGCCCGCAGACCCGGUCUUUGCUGGGAGUAUUUGAAGAAGAUGCUGCUGCAAUUUCCAAUUACAUCAAUCAGUUAUUUCAAGCCAUGCACAGAAUAUAUGAUGCACAGAAUGAAUUAAGUGCAGCAACUCAUCUGACUUCAAAGCUUCUGAAGGAAUACGAGAAGCAGCGUUUCCCGCUAGGAGGGGAUGAUGAAGUUAUGACCUCCACUCUACAGCAAUUUGCAAAAGUGAUAGACGAGCUCAGUUCUUGCCAUGCAGUACUUUCAACUCAACUUGCAGAUGCAAUGAUGUUUCCUAUUACUCAGUUUAAAGAAAGGGAUCUAAAAGAGAUAUUAACUCUAAAAGAAGUUUUCCAAAUUGCAAGCAAUGACCACGAUGCUGCCAUUACCAGAUACAGUCGGUUGUCAAAAAGAAGGGAAAAUGAAAAGAUCAAGGCUGAAGUUAUAGAAGAUGUGUAUACUUCCAGGAAAAAACAGCAUCAAACUAUGAUGCAUUAUUUCUGUGCAUUAAAUACUCUGCAGUACAAAAAGAAGAUCGCCAUGCUAGAACCCUUGCUAGGAUACAUGCAAGCUCAGAUAAGUUUUUUUAAGAUGGGUUCAGAAAAUCUUACUGAGCAGUUGGAAGAAUUUUUGACCAAUAUUGGCACAAGUGUACAGAACGUUCGCAGGGAAAUGGAAUGCGAAGUAGAAAACAUGCAACAAACUAUAGAGGACUUGGAAGUAGCUAGUGAUCCACUGUAUUUGCCUGACCCUGAUACUACAAAAUUUCCUGUUCACAGAAAUCUAACACGGAAAGCUGGAUAUCUUAAUGCAAGGAACAAGACGGGGCUGGUAUCUUCCAGCUGGGAGAGACAGUUUUACUUCACUCAAGGUGGAAAUUUGAUGAGCCAGGCAAGAGGUGACGUAGCUGGGGGACUUGUCAUGGAUAUAGACAACUGUUCUGUAAUGGCUGUGGACUGUGAAGACAGACGGUACUGUUUUCAGAUAACAUCUUUUGACGGUAAAAAGUCUUCAAUCUUACAAGCAGAGAGUAAAAAAGAUUAUGAAGAGUGGAUAUGCACCAUAAACAACAUAUCUAAACAGAUCUAUCUAAGUGAAAAUCCUGAGGAAAUUGCUGCACGUGUAAAUCAGUCAGCUCUGGAGGCUGUUACUCCAUCGCCUUCCUUUCAGCAGAGGCAUGAAAGCAUGCGGCCAACUGCACAAUCUCGUCCUCCUGCAGUUCGUACAAGCAGCACGGGGUCCCUGGGAUCUGAAUCAGCAGCUUUGUCGGCGCUUUCCUUGGAUUCCCUUGUUGCCCCUGACACUCCUAUACAAUUUGACAUAAUAUCUCCAGUUAGUGAAGAUCUGCCUGGUCAACUAAAAUCUUCAGGGCAGUCGGGCAGACGCACAAAUCCUUUUGGUGAAUCUGGAGGCUCAAAAUCUGAAACAGAAGAUUCAAUUCUUCAUCAGUUGUUUAUUGUAAGAUUUCUUGGCUCUAUGGAGGUGAAGUCUGAUGAAAGUCCAGAUAUUGUUUAUGAAACAAUGCGUCAAAUCCUAGCAGCUCGGGCCAUCCAUAACAUUUUCAGGAUGACAGAAUCACAUUUAUUAGUCACUUGUGACUGUUUAAAGUUAAUUGAUCCACAGACACAAGUUACAAGACUACGAUUUCCUUUGCCCAAUGUAGUGUUGUAUGCUACGCACCAGGAGAAUAAGCGCCUUUUUGGAUUUGUGCUUAGAACUUCAGGAGGGAGAGUUGAGAGCCGCCAAACUUCCAUCUGCUAUAUAUUUGAAUCAAAUAAUGAAGGGGAAAAGAUUUGUGACUCUGUCGGACUGGCAAAACAGAUAGCUUUUCAUGCAGAACUGGAUCGAAAAGCAUCAGAAAAGCAAAAAGAAAUAGAUAGAGUCAAAGAGAAACAACAAAAAGAACUGAAUAAACAAAAACAAAUUGAAAAGGACUUAGAGGAGCAAAGCCGGUUGAUAGCUGCUUCCAGCAGAUCGAACCAGAGCAGCGGAGAAGGACAAUUUGUAGUCCUUAGCAGUAGCCAGUCGGAAGACAGUGACUUAGGAGAAGAUGGAAAGAAGAAGAGAGAAUCUGAAGCCUAAUGUUGCCUACUUUAUUAAAAUGGAAUCAUAGCUAUAUCCAGUGAAAUGGCACAAGUUCUAUGAGCAGUGAAAUAGAGGUGGAGGGUCUGCUGUAUUAUAAAGACUUCACAAUAUGUAGACCCUAUUAUGCCUUGAUUUUUCUUUCUCAGUUAAGUGAUUUCCAUUUUCAUGUCAGUAUAAUUUCUCUUCUGUAUUCCAGAUGAAGCAGGGCGCUGCUACCAUAUUUAUUACAAAAUAAUGUUUUCUCAAGGCUUCUCUGCAGUUUGGAAAAAAACAUGGGGUUUUUUUCCUGCUUACUCCUCUGUGCAAUUGACUGCUUUUGAAGCUAAACUUAGAGCUCUUAUUGGACUUCAGCUGUACUGAAAUGUGUUUUUUACCCUCCAGCAAGGAAACAAAGUAGAUGGUCAAAUCAGACAGUGCUAAGCUUUACCUGGUUUGAUGCACAUAACUGUUCUUAGAUUUAGAAAGAAAACCCUUAUUAACAAGGGUUUCUUAAUGCACUGUAUGAUACUGGCUUGGGUUUUUUGGUGAAUGUAAUGCUAUGCUGAAAGACUUCAACAGGAGAAAAAAAAUACUGUUAGAUCUAGAUAAGAGCUGAGAAGACACAGUUGCACUUUGUUGCAUAAGGAGUAGAUAGAGCGCUCCUUAUCAAAUGAUAAGAAUAAUGUAUAUAUUCUUGUAGCACAAGUGCCAUGUUCUUAGUUUUUCCCCAGUAUGUGUAAUAAAAAGCUGUGAGCCUGAAUUCACUUUUUAUAAAAAAUGCUUAGAGUUGCAGGAACAUCUUGAAUUGCACCAUUUGAAAAUCUUAACAUGUAAAAUGCUUUGCCACCAAUACAUUACAUUUACUGAAAAUUAGUUAAGGCUCUUUAAGUCUUUCUGUGGAAAUUGAUUUUGCAAACAGAAUUUACUAGCUCUGAAGUAAGAGAUUGUGCUAAUCCUACACCCUAGAGUCAGUCCUGUCAAGCAUUUUUCAAAGCAGUGUCUGUUUACAGCUUGCAAUCUGAACUCCGUGUUCCAUACCCUGUGUAAUAUUUAUUUUGUAUAAUGCUAAAUGUGCUUUCACCUUUUGAUCCAGAAGAGAAGACUUCUUUAAAGAGAAAUAUUUAUUUUUGCACUAAUUACUAUAAAGACUAAAAUCCAGUGGAACAGAAGAUAUCUCUAAUAGUGGCAUGAAAAUAAGAGAAAAUGCAGGAAGAGAAGAAUAUGCUUAUACUUCGUUAUAUUAGUAACAGUUACGAGUGUUUUACAGUUCAUUGCAGGGCAUUUCUGGUGUUCAGGAAUGGAAGCAAUUUUCAGAGUAUUUCCCCGUCGGCUGGUGACAGCCCAGCCCUUUGUAGCUGGGGUUGCUUAGUGCUGACAAGGUGAGGAAUCUCAGGGCCUCUCUGCUAGAUGGCUGUCGGUGCCUGGAGGGAUCAGCAUCCUCAACGCCGCACAGGCAUGGGAGUGGCCCUGUGCUGGCCAGGGAAGGCAGACUCCUCCUGCGCGAUGUGCGCAAGAUGUGUGCAAGAGGGUCAGUGCAUCGGCUGCUGUCACUGGAGAGAUGGGGGAGCAGCACCUGCCCUUGCAGCACAGGGGCAAGACCAAGUCUGCUGCUAGCGCAACAGGAGCGAGAGCGGCUCUCAAAGCAGAUGUUACUGGCACCACGGCCGGUGGA